AUGCGGUUCGCCGUUUGUGUCAGCUUCGUGGUACUAGCGGCAGCUGUUCACGCAGAAUUAACCAAGGGGACAACAUCGAAAACUGAGAAGAGGGCGCUCACGGAAGGCAACGCUGGCUUGAGGAAACGGGCGCCAGCCUUACCCUCAGUGAGCUCGUCGGCCAACGCGGGCGUGGAGUAUGCAGAUACGAAACAGCCACUUCCCGACAAGUCCCCUUCCCAGCAAAUAUACGCCACUCCGUCGCCACAAAUAACGAAAAUCUCGGACCUGCUGGCUGCCCAGGGUCCAUCGUUCCAGGCUGCCAUUGCCAAUCAGUUGUUCGCACCACUCCCUGCGUACCAGCCCCGUGCUGGCGCACCAACUUACGAGGUUUCGGCCCCGGUGCCAUCGCAGCUCGCCUACAGCGAGCACAGAAUCGGCUACCAAAACCCUAACGCUAUACAGUACAACCCGCAAGACUACAAUAUAAAACUACCCAGGCAACCGGAGUACACACAACAGCAGCUGUUGGCCCAGCCACAGCAAAUAUUCAACCAACAGCCGCAAAUACAACAGAUUUACCAGCAAAUCCCGCCAACGAAUUACCAACCGCAGACCACACAGUACAAUCAACUGCAGCCCACCCCGUACAAUCAACUACAGCCCACCCCGUACAAUCAACUACAGCCCACCCCGUACAAUCAACUGCAGCCGACCGCACACAAUCAACUGCAGCCCAUCCAAUAUUCGCCUCAAAUAUUCAAACAAUUGGAGAGCCAGCAGCUACAAGGGUUGCAGUAUCAACAGCCAGCUAGGCCGCUUUUCCCUGACAACCAACAAAACCUCCUGCCCGCCCAGUAUAACCUGGCCCCCCAGCAGUAUUACGAACCCCAACAACAGUAUCAGCAGCAAGCGUAUGCUCAAGAGCCAAUCCAAAACGUCCAAAUCCCUCAACCUGCUGCAGCGUACCCACGCCAAGAGGAGACCCAACAGAGAAUCAUCAGUCAGCCCGCGCAGAAUCAAAUCUACGAGAAGCAACAGUUUGUGGCUCAGAACUACCAGACACAGCCGCAGGGUCCGGUAAGCUUCACGAGUUUCCAGCACAACCAGCUGAAUCCCUCCAUCAUCCACCACCCGUUCCAUCAGCAGCAAGCUCAAUCUAGCCAAGCGCAGGAGGUGUCCCUAGGCAACGCUGGGCAGGAAAGGCAGCCGUCGUACUUCCGACAGGGCCCACAGCUGCAGCAGCUCCAAUCCCAGGUCCAGCCGCAGUACCAACCAGCCCAGCAGAAUCGGUACCCAAAGCACGAAGCCGGGUCAGCCCAGGCCCCCGCGCCGACCUUCCCAGCGGUGCAGUAUUUCGGGAAAUACGCGCAGUCCAUUUUCAACAAGGCGCAGCAU